ACUUGCAAUAAUCCGUCGUAGUAAAACUGAUUAAAACUCGAUACGACAGAAUGCCACAUACGAACGGCAUUCAGUCUCGCAGAUAAGAUGUCUCGUUUAUGGCAACAAAUAUGUUUCUAUUGUUUGGUGACAAUCACGAUUGUAUGUUCCUUCGUUUCCGCUGAGGAUGCUUUGCUGUUGAAAUCAUGCGAUCAACAUUUUAAGGAUACACGCAGUUUGAUAUUUGUCAGUACAUUGGAUGGAAAUAUAUCAGCCCUCAAUGCUAGCAACUAUGGUAAAAAACAGUGGACUAUUGAUUUUAAUAAUGGACCAAUGUUGUCAUCCAGUAUUCAUGACACAGAACUUAACAAUAAUGGACAAUGGGUACGUUUAAUUCCGUCUUUGAGUGGACAAUUGUAUAAAUUUGAUGGAGAAAAUUUGGAAACAAUGCCGAUAACGGCAGAUCAAUUAUUACAUUUAUCACUUCGUUUUUCUGAUGAUUUAGUUUACGCUGGUGGCAAAGAACUUCAUUCUUAUGGUGUAUUCGCCAAUACAGGCGAAAUAAAAUAUAAAUGUGUUUCUGGUGUUUCUGAAUGCAAAAACAACACAGAUAGUCAAGAAUACGUAGAAGAAGAUAUACUUAUUAUUCAACGUUUUCAACAAACUGUGCGAGCCAUAGAAGAUCGUGCAGGUAGUGAAAGGUGGAACUUUAGCGUUGGACAAUAUGAAUUAAAACUAAAAUCUCCUGUUUCUUGUUCCAAUGAAGAUAUUGCUCUAAAUAUAGAAAUUAAAGCAAUUAUUCCAGAAGGUUUGAUUUGGGCUGUUGAUAAAAAUAAUCCUAAAAUUACAUUAUGGCAAUAUAAGUUUGAUUCCCCAAUUGUUACAAUAUGGCGUGGAGACGUUUCUUCAGGACCUUUGGAAAAAAUUGAUUUAUUCGAUACCUCUCAGUGGAUAUGGGGAUCGGAAUAUUCUGCAAUUAGGCCAGGUUUAUAUUUAGGCAUGCAUGAAAGACAAUUAUAUGUACAAGAAAAUCACAAUAAUAAAAAUUUGUUAGAAUCUAAGUAUGUUCAACAUGUAAAAUAUCCAUGGCAGCCAUAUCCAGCAGCUAUAACUGCUGUUGUAAAUACUUUACCGGAUAAAGAUAACGAUGAAGAUUCCAUUAAAACAAAUGAAGCACAGAAUGCAAUUGCAUUGUCUGUAUUAUAUAGUUCAGAAUAUAUUAAUGGUAAUGGAUUUUACUUAUAUUCAACGGAUCAAGUAACUAAUAAGCAAUGUAAUCAUAGCAAUUCUGAUAUUCUACUUAUCACUGGCAUGGAAAAAUCCAUGCAAAAUUAUGUCGAAGAGGAAAAUAUUAUACCUACUAAAGUUGUGAUGUCUAUUUGGGAUUGGUGGAAAGAGAUUUUAGUAAUUUCGAUUACAACUGCGUUUUUAUUGAAUUUUAUGUUGACACAACGUUUCUUUAAUGUAACGACAAUCGCUAAAGAUGCCAUACCUGCGCCUUUAAUAGUUGAAAGACAUAUAGAAACCAAAAUAAGUGAUACAACUAAUAAUAAUGGUGACAAUUUUUAUUCACGUUUCUUAAUGGAUUAUGAGCUAGUUGAUUGCUUGGGAAAAGGAGGAUAUGGCGUAGUCUUUGAAGUCAAAAACAAAAUUGAUGAUUGCAAUUAUGCGAUUAAAAGAAUUGCAUUGUCGAACAACGAAGAUUCAAGAGAUCGCGUCACAAGAGAAGUAAGAGCAUUAGCUAAAUUGGAACACCUCAAUAUUGUAAGGUACUAUUAUGCUUGGUUAGAGUGUCCUCCUAGUGGAUGGCAAGAAGAACAUGAUCAACAAUGGAUUGAUAAACUAAGAUGUUCUACUGAUUUUCUCUCGUCGGAAAUAACUCAAACCGAGACAAAACCCCCUAAUCAUUCUGUGUACAUUGAUGUUUCACAAACUGAUCAAUCUUCUGUAGAAAGUGCCUGUGAAGCGUUCGAAUUAAAUAAAGUGGCAAACGAUGAUUCAUACAUUAUAUUUGAAAGAUCAAACGAAAAGCAAUAUGAUAAUAACUCGAUUUGCAUCAAUACUUACAGUACCGAUAAUUCAGACUUAUCCAUUUCGAGUAAUAUAACUGAAAAAGAAUUAUCCCAUAAUAAUGAAACCGAUUAUUCUGAAAGUAUUGUGUUUGAAGAAACUGAUGAUAAUAUUGCGAAAGAGAAAAAAGAACGCAAAUCCCAAAAACCGUUUUCCUUAGAUUUAAAGAAAAAGCCAAACAUCAAGAAGUCUGCGAAAAUGUUCCUAUACAUACAGAUGCAGUUGUGCCAAAGACUCAGUUUGAGAGAGUGGCUAAAGCAGCACACAUCAGAAAGAGAUUUUAAUCAGAUAUUAAAUAUCUUCCAACAAAUAGUGGAUGCUGUGGAGUAUGUACAUUUGCAAGGAUUAAUUCAUCGAGAUUUAAAGCCAUCAAAUAUAUUUUUUGCUCUUGACGGUAAGAUAAAGAUCGGCGAUUUUGGACUCGUCACUGCGAUGAUUGAUGGAUGUGAUAGGACUCACACACCUGCAGCUGAAUAUGAGAAUGUUUCUUUAAAGAAUAAUGUACAUACUGCAUGUGUUGGCACGCACUUAUAUAUGUCACCUGAACAAAUGAAUGGCCAAAAAACUUACAACUACAAAGUAGAUAUUUAUUCCUUAGGAAUAAUUUUCUUUGAACUCCUUACACCAUUUUCUACUGACAUGGAGAGAAUAGCAACGUUAUCAAAUCUAAAAAAAUCCAUUUUUCCGAAAGAUUUUUCGAAAAAUUAUUCUGCUGAGUAUGAUCUGCUCAAAAUGAUGUUAGAUGAGGAUCCCAUGAAGCGACCUACAACAUUAGGUAUUAAAGCGAGACCUCCUUUGCAGAAUUAUGAAAUAGUUGAUUUUAAUACAGAUAAAGAUUCAAAAUGGCAUUUUGAAUUGCCACAACUGACUAGACAUUCCUCUUUAACUAAUAGUAGUAAUAGUAACGGCGAGUUGUCUGAGAACAUAAAUUGAUAAGUUGCA